CACUCUCAUGGGCUUGACGCACCUCCCCUAGCGAGGGGCACAGGGCAGGUUUUAAAGCCUAGGGAGCUCUAAGGGAUGGCUCAUGCUGUUGGAUCAUUGCUUGUUGGGGAAGGGGGUCGGUGGGGAGAGGAGGAAGAGGGGAUGCAGAUGAAAUGGGAAGAAACGUUUUGGUUUCCCAUGUAUCCCCCACUCUGAGUUGGGCUUGGCUGGCUUGGCUGGAUGUUGUUGGGUCAUGACUUGAACUUACUAAGGAACAUAAUUUCACCCUUCCUUUCCUGCCUUCUUUUCCUGGUGUGUGGGUGAGAAGGGAUGCUUCUGGAGUCAGGACAGGUGUGAGGAUAGGUGUGACUUUGUGAUACCACUCUUAAAAGAAUUACAGUACGAAUUUGUGCCAAAUGCCCCUGCAGAAUCUACCAUCCUGCAAACCUUGUCCAUAGAGGUUUCCAUGCCUCCUUUAGUGAUCUACUCAUUCCAGGCAGGAUUUCUCUAUUUAGGUAAAGAUGUCUCCAGGCAGGACUUGAUACCAUACUGGCCUUGAUUAUAAUGGGAUUUAACUUCCAGGAACUUGUUGUCAUUCAGUUGCUAAGUCCUGUCCAACUCUUUGCAACCCCGUGGACUGUAGCACGCCGGGCUCUUCUGUCCUCCACUAUCUCCCUGAAUUUGCUCACAUUCAUGUCCAUUGAGUCAGUGAUGCUUUCUAACAGCUCAUCCUCUGCUACCUUCUUCUUCUUCUCUUGUACAUUUCCUUACAGGAACUUAGGUAUUUGAGCCAUAAUGGGAAGAACUGGCUUAGAUUUCGAGAAUCAAGCACUGUUUGAGCCCCGAGGACUCAUUGGGCUGCUGUUGCUUUAUAAAGGAGGGGUGAGCUGAUUUCCUUGCUGCUUUUAGCAGGGAUCCCUUCUGCUUGCUUUCUGUGGAGGGCAUUGUCAUCCACAUCUUCCUUGGAACUUGUGAGUCUGAGCUGCAUCUUCUCUCCGGGCAGUCAGGGGAUGGUGGACACAUCAUUGGUACCAUUCAAAGGCUGCCUCCUAAGGUAAGAGUCAGAUAGGGUCAGGACCUAAUGGGUAGAUGAAAACAGUGAGGAGUGGGGACUUCAGGAUUUGGAGAGUUGGGGAGAGAUCUGGGAAGGCAGCUCUUGGCAUUGGCAUUCUACAUCUGCUCAGUCAGGCUGGCCUCUGAGGUCUUCUGCAUUCUGGAAUGAGAAUAAGAAGACUUCUCUAGAGAGCUGUUAUUGAUCCUUGUCAUUUCUUCUCCUACCCUUCUCACGAUCCCCAGGUGGAGUGAAUCACACGGGUAGAGCUGUCCUUCCCAACACAAACCCCUUGAGGAAGUAUCCGGCAGCCUAACCAAAAUGAUGCAAUGACUUGGGUCUUGAAAACACCUUCUUACAGCAGUCUCACACUGACCUGGGCCUGAGGCCCAGCCUCAUAGGUGCCUUUUGCAACCGGGUUUCAAGAGAAUAAAAUCAGCGGGGCUCUGCUCCCAAGUGAUUUGAGCCUUUUAAAAAAUACUGACCAUGAACCAAAAGGAUAUGUGCUGAUACUGGCAGGAUCUGCAGGUAUUCCCAAAACAACAACAAAGAGGAGGGAUGUCAUUAAUGGCUUCUGAUAUUUGGGGGGAAAAAUCACUGCCUUUUGUCAAAUAAUUGUAUUCAUCUCCUGAAUUAAUGACGUGGCGGGUGUGAUGGCCGACAGGAGCACAAAGCCAGAAUGCUCCAGCACAGGGCCAUUUGGCAACCCACAUCCAUCCUCCAACCACGAUACCUUUCUCUUUCAGCAUAUCCAUUACCAAGUAAUUAGUAUUUAUCUAAGAAUGAGCUUGAUGCAUAUUCAUGAUGAAUAUUAUCAGAGAGGCAUUUGAAUUUGAAGUCACUGCUAAAUAUUGAAGAAAAUCUAUUUGAAAACAUAUAAUCUGCACAAGAAGAAGAGUGUUGUAGUAGUCGAAGGAUGCACAGUCUGCAAAGCCAUGGGACCUGUGCUUAUCAUAGGUCUCUCCCAGUCAGGAUGAAACCCUCCGAGUGGUUCUCUGGCCCAGAAUCAAGCAUCUGUCUCAAGGAGACAUCGCUGUCCUGGCCCUGUUUUAACUGCCUGUGUUGUAGAAGACAGGGAAGCGAGGAGAGGGGAAGAGUGCGGUUCCUGCAGUUCACUUGAUGAACCUCUCUCAGUUCAGCCACUUCCACACUUGGAAUCUGUUGAUUAUAGCUGGCAGUGCCCUGGUUGAAUCUGUUCGGUCUGUGACAUGACUCAAAGGCCACCGGAGCGCAUCAGUAUCUCCCAUGGAUAAAACGGCUUUGGGUAGGGCGAUAGCCUUCGAAAGUGUUCGGGUUAGACAGUCCCUUGAGGUCCUCACAGAACCGCUUAGCAGAAGUUGUCUUCCCCUCUCCACUGUCCUUGCAGGCAGUCUGUCUGUUCAGUUUGCUUCUUCCUUUGCUGCCUGGGAAUACAGCUGACAUGUCGCACCUCGCAACUGGCUUUCAGCUCCUCUUGUCCUCCAGACCGAUUCGGUCCUAAACCAGCCUUCAGUUACAGGUUUCCCUGCAUGUUCCUCUCACUCUCUUCGUAGCAUUUGAUUCAAGGGCUUUUUAUUAGUAUCCAAACCUUUGGGUGUAAACAAUGAUAUAAGAUAUAUAUAUAGGUGGAUUAAUAAAUAGGUCUUCUUAACAUCUUUCCUGCUUUUAAAAUAUAUCAAGUCUGGCUUACUUGGCUUCUCUGCACAGUGUCCAGCUUGAGGUCAGCUUUUUCUUGUGCUGUCAGACGCUAUUGCCAUCAAACCGCAAGGUUUCUGCCUGUCUUUGUAAAACUACCAGCAGCCCCCGGAAUUCCAGUGGGCAGUCCUGUGACCUCAGCAUUUCAGGUGGGAACACAUUUUCCUUUGUUCUGGGAGUAUCCUGUGUGACUCCUGAGAAGAGCUAAGGAUAAAGACAGUUUCUUGCAAACAGAUGUACUCUUGGGGUCCCUUGUUGCAUGAUUUAUGCACCCUCCCCAUUUUUUCUCAAAGACCCAUCUGGUUCUACUGUUAUCAUUGGGACCAGGCUUAGAUCUCCUUCACACUGUUCUGAUUUGGUCUCAGACCUCAAGACCUCUCCCAGCCUCUCCCUAAAUUGGUUCCGAGUUGGUCUAGAAAGGCCCCGCCUUGGCCUUCAAGGUACGUGGGCAAAGGUGUUGCUCAGCUGACUCUUAAACAUUUCUAGACUAGAUCUCAGUGCAUAAAUGGUGAACCCCAAGCCCUUCGGACCACUUUCCUGACCCCAGCAUGAGGCUUGCGUGGCUGCACUAGCUUCCUGCUUUUAGAUGGACAAGAAGUUCAAGGGUGCGAAUCAAAGUAUAAUCGAGCCUUGAACCAAAGCUGGGUUGUAGCUGGCACCCGCAUGGCCACGGGCUGGGCCCACAUAGCUCCAGAAUUGAUCCGGGCACUGUGGCUGACUGGCAGCAGUUAAGUAGGCCAGGUCCCUUCACAGUCUGCCAACUCCUAGCCUGGCUCCUGGGGAAAAUGUUGUCCUGCAGCUCAAUAUUGCUAUUGAAAGACUUCUCUACCUGCUGCCACUUGUCCUGAAACAAGCGAUCGGUUACUUAAUGCUUUGCAAUUGUGUAUGCCGUGUUUAGAGGAACGGCGCUGAAAACCCUCCGCAGCCCCCCAACCCCCGACCCUAGAUGUAGCCUCUGUCCUCGUGGCUUCUCCAGUCCCCAGCACCCUGGGUGCGCUGCCCAGGCCCCUGCCUCGUGCAUGCAGAGCCAGAGCCUCCUGCCUCCGCUUGUGUGUCCGGUGUGUUGGGGGGCAAACUGCUCUGGUUCUCUCCACUGCCAUUUCCAUGUGCCUGCUGCUCCCUAACUUCAGCCUGGCCCUGCCCCUACUUCUCGCGGAGGAGCUGGAGUCCAGGUUCACUUGCUGAAGGACCAGUUGGCUGCUGAGGCCGCAGCGCGGCUGGAGGCCCAGGCUCGUGUGCACCAGCUCCUGCUGCAGAACAAGGACAUGCUCCAACACAUCUCUCUGCUGGUCAAGCAGGUGCAGGAGUUGGAGCUGAAGUUGUCAGGACAGAAUGCCAUGGGCUCGCAGGACAGCUUGUUGGAGAUCACCUUCCGCUCUGGAGCCCUGCCCGUGCUCUGCGACCCCACGACCCCGAAGCCGGAGGACCUACACUCGCCCCCCCUGGGCGCGGGCUUGGCCGACUUCGCCCACCCAGCGGGCAGCCCCUUAGUCGACCACAGCAUGUUUGAGAACCUGAACACAGCCCUCACUCCCAAGCUCCAGGCGAGCCGCUCCUUCCCCCACUUGUCCAGGCCCACGGCCCCCAGCUCUGCUGCUCAGGGGUCUGCGGAGUCCGGGGGGCCUGGACUCUGGGUGGGCAGCAGUCAGCACCUCAAGAGCCUGGGCAAAGUGGUGGGGGCCAAAGUGAAUGACUUCCUGCGGAGAAAGGAGCCCUCGAGCCUGGGCAGCGUGGGCGCAACAGAGGUCAACAAGACGGCGGGGGCCCAGCUGGCCAGCGGGGCUGACGGGGAUGACGGAAGGUCAGCCCUGCAAGAAGCAUUCCCUCGGCUGGAUCCUCCACCUCCCACCACCAGGAAGCGAACUCCUCGGGCCCUGAAGACCACCCAGGACAUGCUGAUUUCAUCACAGCCUGUCCUAAGCAGUCUGGAGUAUGGGACAGAGCUGUCAUCUGGGCAGCCCCAGGUCUUGUCUUCCGCCCAAUCCAGCCCAGCCGAUGCUUCCCAGCCAGAGGCCACCACGGAGGUGGUGGACAGGGGCGACGCUCUGCCGAAUGGAGAGGCUUCCGUGUCGGUACCUGACCUCAUCCACAAGGACAGCCAGGACGACCCCAAGCUCAAGGCGACUGAGUGCCGAAGGGCCUCCUCCCCUGGCCUCAUGGAGAGAAAUGGCCUCAAGCUCAGCCUGAGCCCCAUCAGCCUGGCCGAGUCUCUGGAGGACGGCAGCCCACCUCCCCGGGCGCGGACCUCCAGCGUUGACAAUGAUGGCCCUCACCCAGACCUGCUGUCCUUUGAGUAGAGCUGUGUCUGCCCCUGCUGAGCGCCCCUUCCCUCUGCCGUCUGCUCCACCGUGCACCCUGGCCCUGUCCUCUCUCCUGCUGUCCUCCUUGCACACGGCACGGCAGAGUGAUUCUCCUGGUGAUUGCAGGGCCAGAGGUCCAAGUGGUUGUAGUUCAAGAGUCUGUCCAUGGAAUGGAAAAAGCACGCACUUGGAUGCCUUCCCAGCUUCUCUGCCUGCUGGCUGCAGCCCUUGGAUGUUGGGGCACCUCUGCUCCCAAGGUGCCCUGGCUUCCCACUAAUGUGCAGGGCCAGCAGCCCAGGGUGAAGGCUGUUCUCUUUGCCUGUCUUCCAAAUGCCGCCUGCUCUUCUCUUUUCCUCGCCCCCCUGGUUCCUUCCUUCUCCUCCCUGGGCGCCCAGAGGCCUCCUGCCGCAGGGGGAGUCAAAGUGGAUGAGGGAUGCUGGGUUUGGCUUGGUGAUGGGCCCAGACCCAGAAAGCCACACCUGAACACAGCCCAGCCACAGCACUUCCUGGUCACAAGACAGUGCAGGCCUGGGGCCAUCACCUUGCCUCUGCCCUUGUGGGUGCCGGCUGAGGGAGAUGCUUAUGAAGCCUGAGACCUUAGGCAGCCUUGUCACCCAGAGUUCAUAGGUGCUGCUCAUCUAGACAGGGAAACACGGUGAGCCCUCCCUGGGGCAGGGCAUGGAGCCAGCCUCCGCGAGCACCUGCCCAGCGUGGGCAUGUCCAGAGGCUUUGGGAAUGACGAUGCCCCAGGUACGCGCGUGCUCCCUGCCCAGAAGGAGGGACCCGGGCCUCCCGUGCUGUGCGUGAAGACAGGGCUAGGCAGGCCCUGGCAGAAGCAGCAGAGCAAGUUCUGAUGUCAUUUGGGGGGAGGGCCCGGGACCCUGGCAUCCAGGGAGCUGGUCCCGAGAGAACCCGGAGGAGGAGUGGAGGAGGAUGUGGGAAGAGUAGUCGUAAGGACUCAGGGCUAUGGGCGCCUCACCGCCUGCCGUGAUGUAGUUCCAGGCUCUAGGCGUGGUAAGUGCGAGGACGAAGGUGAAGAGUGUGAGGACCAAGGUGAAGAGUGUGAGAGGUUGGAAUGUGGUGAGGAGCAUGGGCAGGCUGCCCUUGAGGAGGAGGCACUCUCUAUGCGCCUGCCUCUGGGGUCUCUGUGACGGACUGACAGUCCCCCUGACCCCGCUGGUUCCGCCCUCCUGUGUUAACCCACUUCUGUGUUCCUGUCUCCCACCAGGAGUCCUGUCCUGCUGCUUUCCUGUGGCCAGGAGACCCUGUCAGGGGUUGAUCCCAACCUUGGGGGCCUUGGCAGCAAGAAGAGAACGUGCCUUUUCUUGAGCAGGGUGGCUGGUCCCUGAGAGAAGGCUGAGAGGGGCUCGUCUGGCCAGAGCAGGGUCUCCAUUCCUCUUCCUGCAAUUCCUGCUGCCUCCUGUUCUCUUCAUCGCUUGGCUUCCCCUUCUGGGUGCCCCAGAGCUCACUGCCCACUUCCUCUCAUCCCCUGAUCCCUGCUCCCCUCCUCAGCACUGUGGCCCUGGGAGCCUCGGGGCAUCACCAGCGUGUGUGCUUGUGUCUGCAGCCACGUGGCCAAGCCCCAGCUCUGCCACGGCCUUUCUCCUGCCUUGUCUUUUCACAGCCAAGCCUUGUCUCCUCGUCCUCAGAAGGGUCCCAGCGCACCAGGCACCUGGUGGGCCAUUGUGAAGUGAGCAAGGCUGUUACUGAAUUGAGUCAAUCCUGCCUUAUUCCAGGAACAUCACAAGGACGUGAUACCUGCCCUCAAUGCUCAGAAGUGCUUAGGACUAGCAUUCUGGGGGCCUGUGAGUUUUCCCAUAUGAGCUUGGGGUUCUGCACGAAACACGGAGCUGGAGGUGAGGGACAGAGAGCUAAACCCACGUGCUGGGAGCGAGCCCGCUUUCUUUUUUACUUCCAUCCCGGAAGUCCAGUUUGCUUCUCUGAUGGGAAACUUUCUAAGUAUCUACACUCUGGCCUGCUUCUGUCCCAGGGCCCAGGGUGGCUCUAGCCGGAUGAUACUGUAGCCAUAGGCACAGAGGUGGCAGGCCAGGGCUGGCUUAAACACCCUGCUGUCCGCUCCCCACCCGGACACCACUGAGGUCCAGGGGUCAGCACAGGCAUCCUGCCAGGCUGUCCUGGGACCAUGGGCAAGGCAAUCUCAGCGUCCCCAGACGCGUGUCCAGUGCUGAAUAAGGAGGGGGCUGAGGGACCCUGUGUCAGCGUCCAGGUGGCCUCGCUUUGGUCGCCACCUCAGCCAUUCUGCAGCAGGGGGUGAGGGAGCUCUCAGGCUACAUUGAGUCCUAAAUGCUGCAGAGAGUGCCUGGUGCUAGAGGAUAAGGGCUGCCCAGAGGCCGACAGGAAACGGCAGUGUCUAUCCUGCUGAGGGCCCUGGCGCAGACCAGCUGUCUAUGCAAAACCCCACUUGGCUUCCUGCGUCCAUCUCAACACCUGACCUUCCCGUGACUGCAGCGUGGCCCGCACACACCCCUCAGGGUGACUGCAGCUUCUCUGGAGGCUUGACCCUGGGGUGGCCCAGCCCGCUCCAGGACAGGGCACCGAGGAGAAAUGUCUUCUGUGUUCUCAGAAGGAAGUGGGGCCAUGGGGUUUUCUUCACAUCCUGGUCCCACUCCCCUGAAUCCCCAUAUUCAGCAAUAGCUUUGCCCUGACAGAUGCAAGGUGAGCUUCCAGAACCUGGCCAAAAGGUGGCACAUUUAUACUCCACUGGCACAGAGAGAAAUGUAAUGUGUUAACGAAUAUGGGUGGUGAAGACCUUCUUGUAAUCCAUCAUCUUUUAAAGAACAAAGAGAUUGGCCCCAGUUUCGGGGAAGAAGAAUAUUACAGAGCUAUUCCGAGUAUUUUCUAGAGAUUUUAUAUUUAUAUUUUUAGUAAUUUUCUGGUAGAAACUAUACAAUAAAAUGAUUUGGUUUGGU